CACAUCGUAAGUUCGUAUAAUACAGUGACGCAGAGGCUAGUAUUUCAUGGGUGUCCUCGAGUCUAAACUUUAUAUACAUAGGUUGCGAUUUAGUAAGUAUAGAGCAGUGUGUAAUGCGUGUGAAUAUCGCAGUUAAGGAGCGAAGAAGGAUAUGAACUCUCAAGAAGAAUAUAAUCAAAUCAGGCGAAUGAGUCGAACAACGGGAAAAACAUUGCGGACACACCUAUCGCGACACAGUAUCACAACUGACAACGUAGUUGUGCCGCAACGCAACUCCAAAAUGUCACAUAUACAUACACAUAAACGUCAAACCGUAUUUGUGAACUUUGGGUCCAGUAAUGCACACAUUAGGCCUAGGGGGAAGCAGGCCAAGAAACACUCUGAUACAAUCAGUUUGAGAGGCUGUCAAAGCAUUUUAAAGAAAAGCAGUACAAGACCCGUAGAAGCCAAAUGUUUACACGAGACUAUCAUUGCGGGAGUGCUUGAGCAGUUGGCGGCUGCAGUGGAGGCCCAGGAUCAAAAGCAAACUUCGAAGGCGCUGCUUGCUCUUAAUCAUUUGUUUCCCGAUCACGCGCUGGAAGCCACCAAAAUUGUCGACCUCAGACCUCCCAUGCGUGUGCGAACGACUCACAACCGUGAACUGUAUCAGGUUACUGGCCCCCUGAAAGGCCGACUCCACAUCACAAUGAUCCGCGAGCACUUCUGUGACUGUUUGGAUUUUGCCAUUAACGUACUCACGGACAGAUCGUUUUACUGCAAACACCUACUGGCCGUGAGAAUCGCGACGCGUCUCGGUAAGUGCUCAGAUAUCGAUCUACAUGAACAGGCGUUUCAGACGCUCUUCAUUGGGGAUGCCGAUUGAUAAGUCUUCGAAGACCAAUACGCCAUUAGAAGUCCGAACAUAAAUUAGAUGCAAC